GCUCGUGUUCGUGACGGAAAAUCAGACAGGACGUCGCCUCGUGUCUCGCGCGCGCGCGCGCACCCACAACACAACACUGACACCACCGACGCCGGUGGUGGUCGUGACGCAUGCGCUCAUCGAAACUCCGCUCCGAUUGGUCGUCGCCACAUGGUCUGAUGUCAGACCACGGAGACUGUGCGAUUCAAUAAUAAGAUGCUCUGAUGAGGUAGAUACUCAGCCAGUCCUCACAGUUCGAUCGCCCGACAGUCUCGACCCGCCACUCGGCUGCCUCUUUCUCGAGUCUGCAACAGCUACUCGCGUCAUCCAAGGUGAACGCGAGCCAGUCCCGUUCGAGGAAGAAAACCCCGCGCGGUCAUUCGAAAAACUCGACGGCGCAGCGAGGACCGUUUUACUCCUACUUUUCCCGGCCACGAGAGCCUACUUCAGAUUUAGAGUGAAAAAGGAUUAGUACGAGUUUUCUACGGGCAAGAUGCCUGCUCAGUUUGAAAGUGUCAACGGUCCCAUGACCCGAGAAUCCGUGGUCGGAAAUGGAGGACCGUAUUCCAUCGAUAGUGACAUUGUUAUUACGGGUAUAUCAGGUCGUCUGCCCGAAUCAUCUACCAUCGAAGAGUUUAAGGAGAAUCUCAUGAGAGAAAUGGAUAUGGUUAGUGAUGACGAGCGCCGUUGGCCAACGGGCCUUUACGGGCUACCAGCCAGGUCUGCCAAAAUCAAGGACCUCAGCAGCUUUGAUGCCACUUUUUUUGGAGUACAUCCUAAGCAGGCACAUGUAAUGGAUCCGCAGCUUCGUUUAUUGUUAGAAACUACAUAUGAAGCGAUAAUUGACGCUGGCAUCAAUCCCACGACCGUGAGAGGAUCGCGUACCGGUGUAUUUAUCGGUAUCUCUGGCUCGGAAUCUGAAGAAUUUUGGCUGAAAGAUCCAGAUGCCAUAAACGGAUACGGAUUGCUCGGAUGUGCCAAAUCGAUGAUUGCCAACAGAGUCUCUUACUCAUUUGAUUUUACUGGACCUAGUUAUGCAAUGGAUACCGCUUGUUCCUCAUCUAUGUACGCUUUACAUCAUGCAGCAAGCGCGAUGCGCGCCGGCGAGUGCGACGCUGCGAUUGUCGGUGGACUGAAUCUCGUGUUAAGACCAAAUUUAUCACUUCAAUUUCAUAGAUUGAAUAUGCUGUCUCAGGAUGGCAAAUGUAAAGCAUUCGACGUUUCGGGUGACGGUUACGUGAGGGCUGAAGCGGUCGUAGCGAUAUAUUUGCAGAAAGCGAAAGAUGCGCGUCGAGUGUACGCGACGGUCAUUGGAACAAAAACAAAUACCGACGGCUACAAAUCUCAGGGUAUUACGUAUCCCAAUGGUGAAAUGCAGAAUCAAUUGAUGCGUGACAUGUAUACUGAGACAGGAAUUAAUCCCGCGGACGUGAGUUACGUGGAGGCUCAUGGUACUGGUACGAAAAUAGGUGAUCCAGAGGAGAUAAAUUCUAUCGACAAACUAUUCUGCAAAGACCGGAAGACUCCUUUGCUAAUUGGCUCAGUCAAAUCUAACAUGGGUCAUUCGGAACCGGCCAGUGGAUUAUGCUCAAUUGCCAAGGUAUUGAUCGCAAUGGAAACAGGCGUGAUACCAGCAAAUUUGAACUAUGAUAAACCGAAUCCAAACAUUCCUGCUUUAAAGGAGGGACGCAUUCGAGUAGUCGACAAGGCCACACCGUGGAACGGUGGUCUCGUAGGCAUCAACUCGUUUGGCUUCGGCGGCGCAAACGCGCACGUCAUUCUCCGCAGCAAUCCAAAACCAAAACUAUCACCGCUAUUGAACAUGACCGAAUUGUUGCCGAAAUUAGUUGUUGUAUCGGGUCGAACGAAAGAAGCGGUACACACUUUAUUGGACAAAACAAAAGACCAUCGUAAUGACGAUGAGUUUCUCUCGUUGCUGCACACAAUACAUAAUAACGAUAUUUCCGGCCAUGAAAUUCGCGGUUACGAAAUAGUUAACAUUGAUGGUACGCGUGAAGUGAGCGAGAUAGCGAGCUUUAAAGACAGACGUCCCAUUUGGUUUGUAUUUUCCGGUAUGGGCACGCAAUGGCCGGGGAUGGGUCAUCAAUUGUUCGGCAUUGAAACUUUUCAACGUAGUUUGCGACGAUGCGCGGACGCGUUGGCACCCCACGGCAUCGACCUCAUUAAUAUCAUCAUGAACGCCACUGAGGAGACGUUCGAGGAUAUACUCAAAUCUUUUGUGACUAUCGCGGCUAUGCAGGUAGCUCUCGUGGAUAUUUUAACGUCGAUAGGUAUAUCGCCGGACGGUAUAGUCGGACACUCCGUUGGAGAAUUGGGUUGUGCUUAUGCUGACGGUGCGUUUACACCAGAGCAAACUGUCUUAGCGGCUUACUCUAGAGGCAAGGCAAUUGUGGAUUCCAAGUUGGAACCGGGCGUUAUGGCGGCAGUUGGUUUGAGUUGGGAGGAGGCUAGAAAAAUAUGUCCACCCGAUAUCGUUCCAGCUUGUCACAACGCCGCAGACUCGAUCACUAUUUCCGGUCCGCCUGAGUCUAUGCGAAAGUUUGCAGAAACGCUCAAGAGCCAAAAUAUCUUUGUCAAGAUGGUGAAAAGUUCCGGCUACGCCUUCCACAGCAAAUAUAUCGCAUCGGCCGGGCCUAAGCUACGCGCUUCGCUCGACAAAAUCAUCCCGAAUCCAAAGAAGAGAUCAACCAGAUGGAUUUCCAGUUCCAUACCCGAAUCUGCAUGGGGCAGUCCGCUCGCGCAGUCUAGCUCGUCUGCGUAUCAUGUAAAUAACUUGCUCUCUCCUGUGCUCUUCCAAGAAGCAAUCGCGCAUAUUCCAGAGAACGCGAUAACAAUCGAAAUUGCGCCGCAUUGUUUGCUACAGGCAAUUUUGCGUAGAUCGUUACCACCAACGGUGACGAAUAUCAGCCUUCAUAAACGGGAUUAUUCGGACAACCUAGCUUUUUUGCUGUCUAAUGUGGGUAAGCUGUAUAAUGCUGGUGCACAACCUAAUAUUCUCAAAUUAUAUCCGCCGAUAAGUUUUCCGGUUGGUCGAGGGACACCAAUGAUCGCGCCUCUAGUCAAGUGGGACCAUUCCACCGCGUGGGAAGUGGCUACUUUCAAUCAGAUAUCGAGCCACUCAGGAGAAUGUAUUGUUCAGAUAGAUCUGUCGAAAGAAACGGAUGCGUAUCUAGCUGGACAUCAGAUAGACGGACGAGUCCUUUUCCCAGCUACUGGAUAUAUUCUGUUAGUAUGGAAAACUUUGGCGAAACUGCGUGGCACCGAAUUUGAACGAUUGCCGGUGGUAUUUGAAAACGUACGCUUUCAGCGAGCCACUAUUAUGCCAAAAGAAGGAACUGUGAAAUUCUCGAUAACCAUCUUUGAAGGAACGGGCGACUUUGAAAUCUGUGAGGCCGGUACAAUAGUCGUCAGCGGAAACGUCCAUGCGUCCGAAGCUAUCGAGAAAGAUCAAUUAAAGCUGCAGCCACCACCAAUACCGUCUACCGACGCCGACGGCGAUAUUUUGCCAUUGAAUGCUAAAGACAUUUAUAAGGAACUGAGGUUGCGGGGAUACGAGUAUCGCGAUAUCUUUCAAGGAAUCAAAUCAUGCGAUAACUACGGCGUUGCUGGUGAAUUGCUUUGGUUCAAUCAAUGGAUUCCGUACAUAGAUACUAUGCUUCAGUUCAGCAUAAUGUCCACUAGUAAUAGAUUAAUGUAUUUACCGACGCGUCUCCAAUACGCUGCGAUCGACCCCAUUCUUCAUAAACGACUAGUGGAAGAAUUACCAGAAAAUGGUGGAUUACCGGUGUAUCACUAUAAGGACAUUGAUAUUGUUAAAUCGGGUGGUAUUGAGCUCAGAGGAUUAAAAUCUUCUUUGGCACCUCGGCGACAGCAGACUCAAGCCGAACCUAAAUGUGAACGGUACACUUUCGUGCCCUAUGAAAAUUUGCAUAGUCUAGUAGAAGAUCCAAAGAGAGGAAAAAUACACGCACUCACUGUCCUUUUGCAAGUUAUGUGUGAGAACACGAUGGCAUUGAAACUGAAGACCGUGGAGGUUGCCGGCGAACGAGCUGCGGAAGCUCUUUUGGCCCCCAUUAUAUUUGAAAUUUUCAAUGGUGAACUAGGCUCGCCUAUCAUUGAUUUACAAGUGAUCGCAGUUUCUGCCGACAAUUACAUAGAGAGUUUAAGUCAAAUGAACGUGAAUGCCGACGUUGUAACGCGAGAUGUAAAAUCUGCACCUCCCGCUCAGGAUGUGCACCUCGUCAUAGCAGCGGAUGUUUUGUCAAAUCAGUCUCAUAUUAUUCUCCAAAACUUGGUGGCUGCUUUAAAACCUGGUUGUUUCAUUCUUCUGGAGGAAACCGCUAAGCAACUGGAUUUGAAGAUCACGUUAGAGGAAACUGAUCUGACGUUGGCCGGGAAACAAACCGAUCCAGCAGGAAAAACAUACUUGCUGCUGAAAAAACGGGAAGAAAGGAGAGAACCGAUCGUCAUACAAAUUACAGAGAAAAAUCUCUCAUGGCUGGAGAAUUUAAAAACAACAUUGAAAAAAUCUGAUAGCGAGGGUCAAGAAGUACUCCUUGUAUCCCAGGGCGAAGAAACCCUUGGCUUAGUCGGACUCAUGACUUGCAUACGGCGCGAAACAGGUGGUGCAAAUGCGCGCUAUGUCUUCAUCCAAGACAAGGACGCUCCCAAGUUUGGCUUAUCCUCACAGUUUUACGCAGAACAAAUAGACAAAGGAUUGAUGGCCAAUGUGUUAAAAGGAGGACAAUGGGGCAGUUAUCGACACUUGCCAUUGGAUCAACAGAACAAUGUAUCUUCCCUACAGGUGGAGCACGCUUACGUAAACACAUUGAUGAGGGGAGACCUCAGCAGCUUAAGAUGGAUCGAAGGCCCAUUAAGUUACUACCGAUCUGACAAUUUCCCCAAUAUGAAACUUUGCCACGUGUACUAUGCUCCGCUUAACUUUAGGGAUAUCAUGUUGGCGAGUGGCAAACUCCCACCAGACGCUUUGCCACGGAAUAUGGCUACAGAAGAGUGCAUAUUGGGACUUGAAUUUUCGGGGAGAGACGCUGACGGUCGUCGCGUGAUGGGCAUAGUUGAAGCUAAAGGAUUAGCGACUACUGUGGUAGCAGAUCAUGAUUUUCUUUGGGAGGUACCCGACAAGUGGACCUUGGAACAAGCAGCAACCAUACCUGUCGCUUACGCAACUAGUUACUACGCUUUGUUUAUACGGGGUCGAUUGAAAGCAGGCGAAAGUGUGUUAAUCCACGCUGGUACAGGCGGCGUUGGUCAAGCAGCGAUCGCCAUUGCUCUACAUGCUGGUUGUAACGUCUUCACUACCGUGGGUACGCCAGACAAGAGAAAAUAUCUCAAGAAAGUCUUCCCGCAGUUAAACGAUAGGCACAUCGGCAAUUCUCGAGAUACGAGUUUCGAACAGUUGAUACGCGUCGAGACACAAGGACGUGGAGUCAACGUCGUACUGAAUUCACUGGCAGAAGAAAAAUUGCAAGCCGGCAUUCGGUGUCUCGCGCACGGUGGGCGUUUCCUUGAAAUUGGCAAGUAUGAUUUGUCGAAUGACAGCCGUGUAGGAAUGUCAAUGUUUCUGAAGAACACGUCUUUCCAUGGUAUAUUGUUGGAUGCGCUAUUCGGGGAAGACAGCGAGGAAAGAAAAGAGAUGAUCAAACUCGUUUCGGAAGGAAUCGAAAAUGGUGCGGUACGUCCGCUCCAAUCAACCGUUUUUUCAGAACAACAGCUCGAGCAGGGAUUCAGAUUCAUGGCAACGGGCAAGCAUAUCGGCAAAGUGUUACUGAAAAUCCGUGAUGAGGAACCGAAGAAACACGUGUCGCCAACGGCGAAGACAGUAGCGGCGAUUCCGCGUACUUACAUAAAUCCGGAAAAAUCAUACGUCUUGGUCGGUGGUCUUGGUGGAUUCGGUCUGGAAUUGGCCGACUGGAUGAUCAGCCGCGGCGCCAAAUUCGUCGUUCUCGUAUCGCGCUCUGGCAUACGCACCGGUUAUCAAGCGUUGCGUGUGCGUCGCUGGCGCGAGAACGGCGUACAAGUCGUUAUUUUCACAGAGAAUGUUACGACAUUAUCCGGCGCCCAACGCUUGAUCCAAGAAAGCAACCGGUUGGCUCCUGUAGGCGGUAUAUUCAAUUUGGCAGCCGUCCUGCGUGACGCUCUCAUCGAAAAUCUGGAAGAAGCCGAUUUUAAAUCGGUUAUAUCACCGAAAGUCAACGUUACAAGAAAUUUAGACGCGGUAUCGAGAAAACUGUGCCUAUCGCUUGAUUAUUUUGUGGUGUUUUCGUCUGUAUCGUGCGGUCGCGGUAAUAUGGGUCAAACCAACUACGGUUUCGCGAACUCGGCCAUGGAGAGAAUAAUGGAAGAAAGGCAGGUUAACGGUUUACCUGGUCUCGCCAUUCAAUGGGGUGCCAUCGGAGACGUUGGCUUAAUCAUAGAAAUGAUGGGAGGUAACGACGCCGAAGUGGGCGGUACCGUACCACAAAACAUAUCGAGUUGUCUCGCAACGAUGGACGUAUUUCUUCAACAACCGCAUCCGGUGCUAGCUUCUUCGGUAUUAGCUGAAAAAUAUAAAUCUGACAAUGAUGGCAACAAGACCAAUCUCGUCUCAACCAUUGCCAAUGUCUUAGGCAUCAAAGAUGUUGAUUCGAUUAAUCCCAAUAAUACCUUGGCCGACUUGGGUAUGGAUUCCUUAAUGGGCACGGAGAUAAAACAGACUCUUGAAAGAAAUUACGAUAUCGUAUUGUCGGCGCAAGAGAUUCGUGCAUUAACCUUUGGUAAACUGCAAGAAUUAUCUUCGACGGGUAGCAGAAAAGUAAAUGGGCAAAUUAUCGCCGCAGAGACCAUUUCUGCGAACUCAAACGAGUCGGCCAUGCUACUGAUGCAGUGGCCGAGUAACGAAGUGCUGCCUAAAGAUGUACUCGUUCGCUUGAAAACAAAGAGCUCCAAUGGACCCACGUUAUUCAUCCUUCAUGGUAUCGAAGGUAUCGUUAAAUCGCUAGAAUAUGUCGCCAGCGAACUUGACAGGCCGUGUUGGGGUCUGCAGAGCAUUGAGCAAGCGCCUCAGGAUACCUUAUCGGAUUUGGCUGAGUUCUAUAUAAAUGCCAUUAGAAAAAUUCAGAAGAAAGGACCUUAUCACUUAGCAGCAUAUUCGUAUGGAACUACAGUUGCCAUCGAAAUGACUUUACAACUGGAAUCCGUUGGAGAAAACGUGACUCUGACUUUAAUUGAUGGUUCACCGGAAUAUGUGAUACAACAAUGUACUGCGAUUAGCAAAGUAGACGAGAUGCAAAGUGCUACUUCCGACGGCUGCAUGAAAGCACUGGCAUAUUUUAUCUUACAAUUUAACAAAAAACUCACUUUCAUCAAAGCAUAUAAUGGUCUGAAGUCAAGUAAAUCGGAUGUGGAGAUGUUUAACAAGAUGGUAGAAUUGGUAGGCGACAUGCCGUUUUCACAUGACGAUCUAAAGAUUGCCGGAUAUCUUUUAUUCAAAAAAUUAUUUGCCGUUGUAACCUAUAAUACGGAGAAAAAAGUCAAAGGACCGGUCACACUGAUUAAGGCUACAGAAACCUUUGUGAAUCUAGAAAAGGAUUAUGCUUUAUCGAAUAUUUGCAUGCAACCCGUAAGAAUAGAAGAGGUACAGGGCAAUCACAGGACGAUGCUCUUGGGAGAAAGUGCAAAGAAGAUUGCAAAUUUUUUGCGAGUGUAACUUGCAAAACAGUUGUUUCAAGUUUUAUUAUACCUGAAAAUGAUUAUGUGGUACACAUGCAAACACACGCAUGAAUUCGGUUGGACGCACUCGUGUACACUGAUGUACAUUAAAGUCGUCGCACACAAAUCGAUGUAAGGAUGUGUGUUUAAUAUAAAUAUAUAAAUGGGUUAAGCAACACAAAAUUCUCAAUAUAACUUUAUUUUACUAUUUGGUAAUAUAUAUAUUUUAUCAUUCGAGAUAUUUGCAUUUUAUUUUUACAGUUAGAUUAGAUCAGUGUACAACCGCUUUAAUGUGCACCUGUGCGCAUUAGUGCAGUCCAGUUGAAUUCGCUAUAAUAUUUUUCAAUAAUAUAUAGAAAAAUUAUAAAAAAAUUAUAUAAGCAAAGACAUAAAUGCCUUUUAUCUAAAGGUAACAGCGUUCCAACCGUUCUAUAGCGUAGAGACAAGAACACAGACUUCUAUGUAACGCACAAAAAAACUUACUAAUCUGAAGUUUUUACUUUUAUCCUGCGUAAGGAAAUAAAGGAUUUUGAUUGGUAAAUUCUCUUUUACAUUAUGCAAAAGCCUAUGCUUUAGAAUUCUUUACUUCUUCCCCAGAAUAAAAAUCAAGGAUUCCAAUUAGUUAAUUCUCUUGCACUUUAUGCAAAAUUCCAUGUUUCUACCUUAAUGUAUCUUGAUAUGGAAAAUCAAAACGCAGUUAACUUUAAAUAUAGGAAGGUAUAAAUGACGCAAUGUACAUAUAUAUCUUAUUUCAAAGUUGCAAUAUUGCAAAUAUAACACUGUAUUGCUACAGUGUAAUUAAAUUCUAUGCUCUAUAAAUUGAAUGAAAUAAUGAUUUGCAUAUGAAAAUUUUUUUCAUCAAUAGCCGGUAUUCAUAGUCAAUUCUUAUUUGAAGAUUCUCUUAAGUAAUAUCUUAAGAUGCUAAUACGGCCAUAGUAUUACAAAGUUAUAAAAUUGUAUAGAAAUUCUCAAAAAUUCUAAAAAAAAUUUUAUAAAAAAUUCAGAGAAAAAUUUUCAUCAGGGCAAUACCAGUAUGUAUCUCAUUUUAAAUUACACUGUUAAAACUUUAUAAAUUGUUAAAUCGUGUAAAAUAAAGAAAACAUAGCAAGAAUAACAAAAAUACAGCUUCUUAAGAAUGGUAUAUCUGUGUUACCAUUUAUAUUUAAAUAAAAUAAAAUAUGUUUGUAAUUA